UCGUUCAUUAUUGUUGUCUGUACGUUGGUGUCGAGCGGUGCAACGGAUGGCCCGUACCGCAUUCCUCUGAAGCGCCUAAAUGAAUUCGAGGAGGACGCUCACCACGAACACUUACACCCAUCACCUCAGAUGUUAGCUAAAAACAAAGGCCGUAUUUCCAUUAAUAAUGAUUUAGGCAUCCAGUUCUACGGCACCAUUUCUGUGGGCUCCCCCGCGAAGGAAUUCAAAGUCUUAUUCGACACCGGCAGCAGCGAAAUGUGGCUUCCCACUGUAAAAACGAAUAUGUGCAGGUCGAAGAAAUCCUACAGUUCGCAGAAAAGCACCAGUUCAACUCCGGAUGGGCGUGAGUUCUCUGAAAAUUAUAAUAGCGGUUUCCUUAAGGGUGUUUUUGUAAAGGACAAGAUCUGCCUCGCAUCUUUUACUAUCGAACAUAUCUUUGCAGAAGUGGACGAUGUUUCAGGGUUAGGCGAAAUGUAUGUUAAUUCAAAGUGGGAUGGUGUUGUAGGGAUGGCAUUACCUUCCCUCUCUAAGUAUAACAUUAGGCCCACGAUAUUUUCGCUGUUUGACGCUAACACGUACCUGGCAAAACAGUUUGCAUUUUAUCUGCCCAAGAAUCCGAAGAAGGAUGGUGAACUUAUUAUCGGUGGGUAUGAUCCUAAACUUUUUAAGGGAGAUUUAAUUCCUGUUGAAGUUACUUCAACGACUUACUGGACAGUUGACAUAUCCUCUGUUACUAUUGGUAAUAACGUGAUUAGUGACAAGGUUACGGGUAUUCUUGAUUCUGGUUCUUCAUUCAUUAAAGUCCCGAAAAAUGUCUUUCAUGUAAUUGUUAAAGCCACCGGCGCGAUAUUGAAAGAAGGAAUCUACACUGUAGACUGUAAGAAGGUUUAUAGUCUUCCUAAAAUUGAGCUAGAAAUUGCCGGUAAAAAAUGGACUUUCUUUAAUAAAGACUACAUUAUUAAGAUCGGGAGUGAUGCAUGUGUCUUUGGAAUGUUCCCAGAGAAUUCUGUAUUCUUUGAUAAUAAGGCUUGGAUUCUUGGAGACGUUUUUCUCAAACAUGUGUACACCGUUUUUGACGCUGACAAAUCUACAGUAAGUUUUGCUUAUGCUAAAUAGCUAAGCUAAGAAUAAAUUUAAAUAUUUAGAUGUGUAUAGAGCAUAUCAAGCCUAUAUAUACGGGUAUAAUUUAAAUUUAUUAUAAUUACCUCAAGAUAUCUUCUAAUCCUAUAAAUCCCUUGAAGGGGUGACAUGAUAAUUUUAAAAUAUAAUAUUUAAAUUAGAUACAUAUUAUAAAUAAAUUAGAUUCUUCGAAAAUGGUAAAUUUAUCUAUACACACAAAAAAAAGUUUUAGAAAUAACGUAACAUUCCUUCAAUUUAUAAUUAAUCAAAUUUAAAUUUAGAUAAUAAGGAAAAUUACUUAUCGCUAAAAGCUUAAUACGAUCCAGUACGAUGUGUUAAAAGAAACAUUCCUAACUGUUACCUUACAUUACCGCUUUCCAUGCAGUGCUAUUCUAAACACGUGAAUCCUGUGUGUUGGCUUCUUUUAUAUUCUCAAGUGGUUUAAUAUAGUAGUUGUAUCUAGAAUAGGGUUCUCUUUAUAGAAUGAAUAUCGCUAUGGGGAAAUGUUUGCAUUUUGAGGGCAAUGGGUAUCUCGCCUUAUCUAAAACUGUGAUUGUUGCCAGAUUAGGUAUAGACCGUGUCAUGAUGCUAUUCUAAUUGUCCGGGUCCUUUGACUUCUUUGUGUACAAAUUAAAGGAUAAGGAUUGUUCUGGGCCGUGGUGUGGUGUUAUCGCGGGACAUGGAUCUACACACUAUUGAGCAGUUUAGGUGAGCUGAUGAUCCAUUGCUUGUGUGGGAUGAAUACCAAAACUCUACUUUCAUCUUUUAUUUUUUCAUCGCCCUUCACUAGCACUUCCUAUGUAUUAGGUAGUCUGCCUGCU